CCGGCACGGGCCGGGUGGGCGGAGGCGGAGCGGUCUGUAGCGCUACGCCGCCGGUCGCCCGCCCGCCCGCCCGCCAUGCACCCUUCGCUCCGCUUCGCGCUCGUUGUGUUGCUGCCUCUGCUUGUGCGGACCCCCGUGCUGGGCACUGCCCAGAAAACCGCACCCUGCCAGCGGUGCCGGACGCUGGUGGACAAGUUCUACCAGGGCAUGGCCAACACGGCCAAGAAGAACUUUGGUGGCGGCAACACGGCCUGGGAGGAGAAGACGCUGUCCAAGUACGAGUUCAGUGAGAUCCGGCUCCUGGAGAUCAUGGAGGGUUUGUGCGACAGCAGCGACUUCGAGUGCAACCAGCUGCUGGAACAGCAGGAGGAGAGCCUGGAGGACUGGUGGCUUCGGCUGAAAAAGAAGCACCCUGACCUGUACAAGUGGUUCUGUGUGCAGACUCUGGAAGUGUGCUGUUCUCCAGGGACCUAUGGGCCAGACUGUCGUGCGUGCCAGGGUGGAUCCGAGAGGCCCUGCAGUGGGAAUGGCCAUUGCAAUGGAGAUGGCAGCAGAGAGGGGGAUGGCUCCUGCCAGUGUCACCAAGGCUACAAGGGGCCACUGUGCGCCGACUGCAUGGACGGCUACUUCCAGUCGCUGAAGACCGAGACCCACAGCAGCUGCACCGCCUGCGAUGAGGCCUGCAGGACAUGCUCAGGCCCCACCAACAGGGACUGUGUGGAGUGUGAAGCCGGCUGGACGCGCGUGGAGGACGCCUGUGUGGAUGUGGAUGAGUGUGCAGCAGACACGCCGCCCUGCAAUGACACCCAAUACUGCGACAAUGUUGCCGGCUCCUACGCCUGCGAAGAGUGUGAUUCCACCUGCGUAGGGUGCACAGGAAAAGGCCCGGCCAACUGCAAGGAGUGCGUCCCUGGCUACCUGAAGGAGAACGGGCAGUGCACAGACAUAGAUGAGUGUUCACUGGCAGAAAAAGUGUGUACAAGGAAGAAUGAAAAUUGUUACAACACCCUGGGGAGCUUUGUCUGCGUGUGUCCCGACGGCUUUGAGGAGACAGAAGACGCGUGUGUGCCACCAGCUGAGGGUGCAGAAACUGCAGGAGAAAACCCAACACAGCUGCCGCCCCGCGAGGACUUGUGACUGCCCCAGGCCCACCCUUUAAGUUAUUCAGAGAAGCACCCCACGGCCCGUGGACGUUGCCCCACUGCUCCAGGUGACAGCUGGAGGAGCAGCUGCUGCCUAGAAACAAUUGAUACCAUUUGACCUUUAAGAAGCCGCAUUUCUUGGUUGUUGUUAAAUAGAUUCGUAUAUUUUGAUACAUUCUUUAUAAUAAAAUCAACCAUUGACAGAAGUUGAGAAUAAAA